CAGUGCCAUGGGCCCUGCAGACCCUGCAGACCCUGCAGACCCUGCAGACCCUGCAGACCCUGCGCCAUGUGGACCCCCAGCUUCCAGCGCCCGGCCGCGAGCUCGGGAGCAAGCUCUGCUGCCGUGGCAGAGGAGUUGAACGAAGAGUUUCAACGGGGUCUGUUGGUGAAGCUCUUGGCCAUCAAUGCCAAUGGGUCAGGUUUUGACAAGAAGAUGGCGCAACUCCUUGGUUUGCGCUUCGGUCGUCAGCCGCACCAUGAGGGCUACCAGUCAUUGGAUUGGUCUCUGCAGGAAUGGCCCAGAGACAAGGACCACGAGUCCGGAAAGGGUAUCGCAGGCAACUGGUUCACCUCGGCUUCACUGGUGGGUCAGCCUCUAGCGGCCAGCGGAAGUGAGACGGGCACGGCCUUGUACGGCUGCAACCGCUAUGCCUGCGGCAGGUCCAUGGAUUCGCAUAAGCUGCUAGCAGUCUUCCAGCCCUUUCCCAUCGUGGGCUGCGGCUUCGUUUCAGACGCCGGCACCAACGCUGCCGGGGAGUUCACGGGCUGCGUCCGGGAAUGGCCAGAUAGACGUGACGGCCACGUCUCGCGCUGUCUGAGCUCCCCGGACGACUGCACCUUCCGACGGCCCGGGGCGGCCUUUGGCGACGAAGCGCGGGGGGUGUGGCGAGUGGAUAGGAAGUUCCUGUCGCACUUUUCCCUGGGCUUCACGGGGCGUUUUGACCCGGACUCCUCUGGCGCCCAGCGGUUUAUGGAGGAACAGCGGAAGUUUAAUCCCAAACCCACCCGGAAACAGUUCGAGGCCGGUGAAAAGAUUCACACCAUGGGUUACAAUGAGGUUAUGGUGCAGGUAGGGACGCCUGCGAUGUUGUUUGAAGAGAUGCACAAGGACGGAGUGGUCCCCAAGCGCUUCAACGUGAACCAACUGAGGCUUUGGCAAUGUCGCACCAACGGCAUCCGCGCCUUCGCGCGGGUGCAGCCACCGGUGGUGGAUGAGCAUGGCAGGCAAGUCGAACGCCAGCGCUACGAAGUCUUCUGCAAGAUGCGGGAUGCUUAUGACAAAGCCUGCGGCCGCGCAGAGCCCACGCCCAUCCUCUCCUUCGACCUCUCAGCAGCAGAGAAGCCCUUCGCCGCCCAGGACAUGGAGCAACUCUUUCCGUGCCGUGCCGCAGCACGACGGAAAAAAAUCGUUGGUCCGGGGGAUGGUGGGACAAACGCAGCCCGCUUUGCUGAUCUUAUUGGUAGAUGA